UUUCAAUCCCGUGGCCAAUUUUUUCCAAGUGGCUGCUGAUUUAUGGGCUAUUUGAUAAGAAAUAAAAAUGAAAAUAAAUCAUAUGCCCUGAUCUCGUGGAUUUGCUUCUGUGAAAAUUUUCAUCAAACACUUGAUCUGCGCGCGCCAUUGUAAUGGAGAAAGCGGAAACCGGCGGCACCACCAAGCCCUUCAAUGAACCUUCUCCUCACUUUAAGCUUUUGCUCUCGUGCCCUUCCGGUCUUUCGCCGUCACAGGUGUCAGUUGUUUUUGAUGAAACUUACGAUAGAGUUCCUCACCCAGACAUGAGCUUGGAAAACUCCAUUUCCGAGAUAUGGGAUCAGAGGAUUCAGAGAAGUACAUCAUUGUACAACGGUCAAAAGUUCAGGUAUGGAGGACAUAUGUUGUGUAAUGGAGAUGGAUGUGACAAAGAGUCUCGUGUAUGCCUCCACCUUGGUUUGACGGAUUAUAGGACUUUUGUUGGAACAAACUUGAAUCCUUUGUGGGAAAAGUUCUUGGUUAUAUCAAAAGAUGACUCUAUCCGAUGCCAACACACCUCAAGUCCAUUGGGUAACGGUGCUAUUGUGGAGACAUCUGACAAGAAAAUACUGGUGUUGAAAAGAAGUAAUGAUGUCGGGGAAUUUCCUGGACACUUUGUUUUCCCAGGGGGGCAUCCGGAGCCCCAAGAAGUAGGAAUUUCAUUCCAUCAGCAUGAAAUAGAUUCAGAGGCCAUUAAUAAGAAGGUUUCUCUGGAGAUGUUUGACAGCAUUAUCCGAGAAGUAGUUGAAGAAAUUGGAGUACCUGCAGCAUCCCUUUGCGAGCCAGUUUUCAUUGGUAUAUCACGCAGAGAAUUGAAUGUUAGACCAGCUGCAUUUUUCUCCAUCAAAUGCAGUUUGGAUUCAAUGGAAAUUCAACAGAUGUAUUCCAGUGCACAAGAUGGUUUUGAGUCAACUGAACUGUAUAUGGUCUCAGUGAGUGACUUAGAGAGCAUGGGAUCUAGAAUGCCUGGCUGCCAUCAAGGUGGAUUGGCUCUCUAUAUGUUGAUGGUAGAAGCUGAGAAGAAUGUUUGAUGGAAGUUCAUGAGUACUACUUAUAAGUGUCUGUGAGGAGUAUCCCGCUAACUUCCAAGGCUUUAACUACCUUUAUUUUGUAUGUGAAGUUGAAAACCAUAGUUAUUCACCAAAAAAUAAAAAAGUUGAAAACCACAAUGGAAUCAAAAGACUCUUCGUUUACCUUAUAUUCACUAAUGCAUCAUUACGUGAUGUAUCAAUCUGACUUUGACCGUUUAGUACUGAAACAUAAAGAUUUAUUAUUUCCCAUUUAAUUACAUCUUUGUCUUCCCUUUUUUUUGGAAACAUUUUAGAUGAAAGAUCUAAUCUAUUUUAAUGA